CUCUUCUUAUCUUCUUCUUCCUCCACCAAAGAUUCACGGAAAAAAGAUAUUGAAAGAUCCCUCCAUCAUCUCAGGACAUUCUUCCCACUCCUGAAGAUCGUCCGGAUCAUGAUGCGUCAGGGGACUCCCUUCAUAGCUGCAGCAAACGAGUGCGCGUCGAGAAUUCCAAGUCACCCACGUGGUGGUUUGGUUGGACGGAGAUGUUAGUCUCUUCGCCUUCACCUUCCACCCUGCAACGUCCUUCCCCUACCUCCGCCUCCACCACCUCCAACUCCCUUCAUCAUUCCUCCUCUCCCUCCUUCCCUCGUCGCUCCUCCACUUCAACCGGUCACCACCCUCCACUGCCCUCGCAGUCCCACCACCACCAGUCGCAGCAGCCGCAGCAUUAUGAGCCUGCGACCAACCCCGUUGCUGCGUCGAACGGUCCUCCCCCGUCCUCUUCUGCCUCCCCCCGCGUGGCCAUCGAGGAACUGCGAUCGGCUCUAACCCGACAUACGGUUGCGUCAUCCCCCUCGGGGCCCUCAGGGGAUCUGCCGUGCGGUCGUUCGUCCGCCGGGCCGACGACCCUUGAGGGCGGACUGUCCAGUACCGCCGCCCCCGUCAGCGCCGUCGCCCGUCCGUCGGUCGUCCCUGACCCGCUCACUAAGAACGGAUCGGCCGCUGUGCCUCCAGCUCCCACCUCCAUCCCUGCUCCGCAACCGCCGUCCAUGCCUGCCCCCAACUCCAACCCCACCCUCAGUGGCGGCGCCUCCUCCCACAAGCGCAAUAGCCCGGUGGACCCCUACGCCGAUGCCGCGGCACCCCGUGGGGGCCAGUCCUCGGGGGACCCCGACCGGGAAGCCUCGCAGUCCAAGCGACUGCGACCGUCCCAGCCGGACCGCAAGGUGUUGCCCGUCUCGUACGAGGAGGCCGACCCGCGGGAUCUGGUCGUCUUGAUCUCCAGCAUGCUCAUGGAACUGAUCCAGUUCAAUGACAAGAUCCCCCUCCACCAGGGCCGUCUGACGCGCUUCCACUCCCGCUCGCCGCCCCGCAUAUCCGUGAAGGACUACCUGCAGCGUCUGACCACCCACGCCACCCUGUCGCCCCCGAUCCUGCUGAGCAUGGUCUACUACAUCGACCGGCUCUGUGCGCUGUACCCGGCCUUCACCGUCUCCAGUCUGACCAUUCAUCGUUUCCUGAUCGCCAGCGCCACUGUGGCUAGUAAAGGCCUGAGCGACAGUUUCUGGACCAACAAGACCUAUUCCCGGGUUGGUGGUAUCAGCAUGAACGAGCUGGCCCUCCUCGAGCUGGAAUUCCUCUUCCGCGUGGAGUGGCGAAUCGUGCCCCAGCCUGAGGUCUUGGUAGAUUACUACCAGAGCUUAGUGGAGCGGUGCGAUGGCUACGAGAUCCAACGCGACUCGUGAUGGAUCAGGUCACCAAACUAGAUAUCGGCAGAUACAGGCAUGGUGUUGUAGAUAGGUGGUGUUUGUCUCUUUAUAUCCCUCCAUUUCCGUCUGUAUAGUUCCGCCAUCAUAUCCGGCGUUUCUGCUCUUACUGAGCUUCCUUAUCUGAUUUACUGUUACGCAAAAUUCCAUGGCGUCGUGGUCGAUUCAAUGCAUA